AUGGCACAACCAAAAGGGUUCACCAUCUUUGCCCGCGCAUCAUCCGCGUCUCCUCCCAGAAAGUCAUACAUGCAAUCCAUCCCCUCCAUGCCAAGAUCAGAGGACGAGGAGAGCAUUGACUGUUCAUCCAGCAGUGACGGCACGCACACUCCGAGCUCCGUAGCAUCGUCAACGACCACCGCCGUCUCCAUCACUUCAGCACCGUCGACAGACACUGUGAGGACCAAACCGGCCACUCGAGGGAAAAUGGACUUCUCUAUCCUGGAAGACUUGUUCGCACCGGAGACUACAACAGAAGAAACCCCCAGCUCUUCACCACUGUGGUACAUUCUGACGACCGCGCUCCUGUUGGCCUUCCACAAGGAAAAGCUGAUCGGGGAGCUAUGGACGUAUCUGAGCCGAAGGGAGCGGGAGGCAUAUGAUGCACACGAUAGAGAAACGGGUGAUUUGCUCGCCAUCGCCCGACGCAUUCGGGAGGCGUGCUUGAAAGCCAGUACGCUGGUGGGAUUUCCAAGGGCAAUCAACGCCCUCCUCGCCCUCCAACAAGCCCUCAAGACCACCCACCCAACCCUCUCCACCAUUCUUGAAUCCGACCCCUCUCUACGCGCCACCACCACCACUACUACUUCUCCCGCCUCAGACCCUUCCGCCAAAGCCGCACGAGGCAUGCGUCUCUUCCAACGCAUCUACGCACAGCACACCCCGCGCGUGCUGUCAUCCAUGUCGGCCUGCUCGGGCGGCGACCUGACGCACUUCGCCAUCAACUGCAUCUACGGCGAGCUGCUGGCCGAGUCCUCGAUCAUCGGAGAUCUCGAAACGGGCCUGUUGGAGUUUGUCUGCUGUCUUGCCGACGGGUGCGCGCCGCAGGCUAAGGGCCAUUUCUUUGGGUCUGUCAAUUUGGGCGCCGGGAGGGGGACGUUGCGCGCUACGGUGAGAUUGACCGACGAGGUUGCGAGGCAGGUCCAUGCGGAGAGGCCGUGGAGGGACGAAGCGGACGAGGACGAGGACGAGGACCGGGAUCCGGGUGAGUGGAGGUUUUUGGACCGCGUCAUGGUCGAGUAG